AUGUCUAACAAGGCCACUUUGACAUUGAGCAACGGCAAGGUCAUGCCCGCCGUGGGCUUCGGCACCUUCGCCAGUGAGGGUGCUUCUGGAGAGACCUACGCUGCCGUCACCACGGCCCUCAAGACCGGCUACCGUCACCUGGACUGUGCCUGGUACUACCUCAACGAGGGUGAAGUGGGCGAUGCCAUCCAGGACUUCCUCAAGGAGAACCCUUCCGUCAAGCGGGAGGACCUCUUCGUCACCACCAAGGUGUGGAACCACCUGCACCGCUACGACGACGUUAUCUGGUCCGCCAACGACUCCCUGAAGCGCCUGAAGCUGGACUACAUUGACCUGUUCCUGGUCCACUGGCCCAUCGCUGCCGAGAAGGAUGGCCAGGAGAAGCCCAAGAUCGGUCCCGAUGGAAAGUAUGUCAUCCUGAAGGAUUUGACCGAGAACCCUGAGGAGACCUGGCGCGCCAUGGAGAAGCUGUAUGAGGAUGGCAAGGCCAAGGCCAUCGGUGUGUCCAACUGGACCAUCCCCGGGCUGGAGAAGAUGGCCAAGUUUGCCAAGAUUCAACCCCACGUCAACCAGAUCGAGAUUCACCCCUUCCUGCCCAACACUGAGCUGGUGAACUACUGUUUCUCCAAGAACAUCAUGCCCCAGGCCUACUCGCCACUCGGCUCGCAGAACCAGGUCCCCACCACCGGGGAGCGGGUCAGCGAGAACAAGACCCUCAAUGCCAUUGCCGAGAAGGGCGGCAACACCCUCGCCCAGGUGCUGAUUGCCUGGGGUCUGCGUCGCGGUUACAGUGUGCUCCCCAAGAGCUCGAACCCCAAGCGAAUUGAGUCCAACUUCAAGUCCAUCGAACUGUCCGACGAAGACUUCGAGGCUGUCAACAAGGUGGCCGAGGCCGCCACUUCCGCUUCGUGA